AGCGCAGAGGGAGCGGAAACGAGUAAGGGAGAGGGGAAAAGCGCAGCGAAGCAACGAAGGGAAAGAUGGCGGCUCGGCGUGGGCGGGAGUGGGACGGGGACGGGCUCGGCGGUCCGCCGCAGACGCCGCUCGCCGCGCCCGUCGUCUGCCUCCUGCGUUCCGCCGGGGACCUCGCCGCCGGUGCCUUCGUCGGCUCGCUCGUCGGAUACGGCAAAGGUUUGAUCUCUAACCAAGGUAUGAAGGCUUCACUUAGCAACGCUGGAUCAUCUGCCAAGACUUUUGCAGCUCUUGCUGGUGUCCAAAGUUUCAUAAUGUGCUUAUUGAGAAGACUGCGAGGGAAAGAUGACAUGAUCAAUGCUGGUAUGGCUGGUUGUUGCACAGGCCUUGCUUUGAGUUUUCCAGGUGCACCCCAAGCAAUGUUCCACAGCUGCGUCACCUUCGCAGCAUUCUCAUGCAUAAUGGAUGGGCUCAACAAGCAGCAGGCUGCCAUGGCGCUCACACUUGACGGGAAAUCCCUAUUUGCCAAGAGUGAAGAGGCCGGUGUUCUCCCACCUUUCACACUUCCCCCACUUCUGGAUGCUUCGGACACUUUAGCUUUAUUCUGCCAGACCCAUGUUAAGCCUAAACACUAGACUUUGUUGAAGUCUGAUUCCUAAAAGAGAGCGCUCCAUAGGUUCUCUAUGCGUGCUUGUCUAGCAUUCUGAAUUUCUUACCAGUGAUGUAGAUCCAUUUCGGCGUUGAACUUGGUCAGAUUUGGUAACUAUAGUGGUGCCAUAGCGCGUAUGCCCAAUUUUUGUAUCUAGUAUCCAUGAUGCAGUUUGUACGAAGCGCACUGAAGAGAUAAUUACUAUAUUCAGUGGUUAGGUUCUGUUGCGAUGUCAA